CAUUGACAACGCUACCGGCAUCUCAAAGGAUCGAUACAACGAACUCUACAUGUUGAUCUUAAUAGUGCUCAUGGCAAAUGUAACCGUAGAUCGGAAAUUCCGAGUUAAGGAAUGUACAGCUCUUUAUUCGACAUGGAGAUCGGUAAUGAUAAUUCGAAUCCCCAGAGUGAAUACAUGUAGUCCUUUCCAAGGGCCUUCUUAUAUAUGCGAUCUAUGCUUAUCAAUUCAUCUUUACAGCACGCCUUUGACGGUCUAUCCGCAAGACAGGGAUUUGACAUGGGAGUGUAGUACCAGUUCUGGCUAUUUUACCUUCUCAGGACCCAUAGGGAGCUCGGACAUUCAGACGCGGCUUAAUGGCACCGCUGUACUGACCAACCAUGCGGUGACGAUCCAACAGAACUCGCCUGAUUCAGGCCUUAUGUGGAAGGGCGGCUGUAUCCCAGGAGAAUUGACGUCGCUGGGCGCUCAGCAGCAGCAGCGCAUGGGUCAAGAUCUCCACAAGAUCUACAUCGAUCAAUGGAAGCUGCUCCCCGCCACAUUCGAUCCAAAUACUCUGCGCCUUCGUAGUACAGACGUAUGGCGUACAAAGCAGAGUGCUGAGAACCUGAUGAUUGGCCUUUAUGGCCAAGACGCCCUCGAACGUGGCUGCGCUCCUUCAGUCUGUCAGAUACAAAUCCUCCCUGAAGAGAUCGACUACAUGACCAUGAACACAAAUCGGUGUCCGCGCAUUGACAUAUUGGACGAGGACAUUAACAGGACCAGCAAGGUUCUUGAGCAGCUGAGAUGGACCCAUGGCGCUUUUCGCAAGGACGUUAAUAGAUUGAUCAAUAAGGACAGAGACUUGGGUUUCGAUGGCUUGAUCGAUGCAAUUCUUCCCAGAAUUUGUCAUGGCUUACCCCUACAAUGCGAGGAGGCGCCCAUCAACCAAAGUUCUCCUCGUUGCGUGACCCGGAAGAUGGCUGAACGAUGUCUUUCGGUCGCUUCUCUAGAAAAUGCAGAGACGAGACGCGAUGCCCAGGACGUACGAGAGAUGCUGCAGCUAGGGAUCGGGCCACUUGCCAAAGACAUCCGACAAAAUCUCUUGAAGGCCAAGAAUGGGGAGUCGGCACCGUUUUUGGUAUUUUCGGGGCAUGAUACGACCUUGAUUCCACUUCUGGGAAUGCUUGGCUCGACAGAUAUGCGGUGGCCACCAUAUGCUUCUAAUCUCCUCUUCGAGGUUUGGUCCCCACCUUCAAAGGAGUACUUCGUGCGCGUUUUAUAUAAUGGCCGAGUGGUGAAGACCACGUCCAACUGGUGCGAUUUCGAAUGGUGUUCGCUUGACACGUUUAUCGAGUAUUUGGGCCAAUUUAUUGUGGAUGACUUGGAUGCUAAGUGCAAGACAACGGUGCCGCAGAGAUUCUUUGAAAGACAGGAGCGCACAGCCUCACUCCGUCACUCUCGAUGAAAGGCGUCCAUUUUCCGCGAAUAAAGAGUUUUUCUUCAUUGUUUGUGAGGUUAAUGAUCAUUUCGC